AUGACACAAAUAACAUUCACACGGGCUGACAGAACUACCACCAUGUUCAGCCAGCAGAUCUGCGUCGGGGCUUACAGAAAGCUUGGCCCAUCGCAGAUGACACAAAUAACAUUCACACGGGCUGACAGAACUACCACCAUGUUCAGCCAGCAGAUCUGCGUCGGGGCUUACAGAAAGCUUGGCCCAUCGCAGAUGACACAAAUAACAUUCACACGGGCUGACAGAACUACCACCAUGUUCAGCCAGCAGAUCUGCGUCGGGGCUUACAGAAAGCUUGGCCCAUCGCAGAUGACACAAAUAACAUUCACACGGGCUGACAGAACUACCACCAUGUUCAGCCAGCAGAUCUGCGUCGGGGCUUACAGAAAGCUUGGCCCAUCGCAUAUGACACAAAUAACAUUCACACGGGCUGACAGAACUACCACCAUGUUCAGCCAGCAGAUCUGCGUCGGGGCUUACAGAAAGCUUGGCCCAUCGCAGAUGACACAAAUAACAUUCACACGGGCUGACAGAACUACCACCAUCCAGCAGAUCUGCGUCGGGGCUUACAGAAAGCUUGGCCCAUCGCAGAUGACACAAAUAACAUUCACACGGGCUGACAGAACUACCACCAUGUUCAGCCAGCAGAUCUGCGUCGGGGCUUACAGAAAGCUUGGCCCAUCGCAGAUGACACAAAUAACAUUCACACGGGCUGACAGAACUACCACCAUGUUCAGCCAGCAGAUCUGCGUCGGGGCUUACAUAGAUAAGCUGCCUCCACCAUUGCCCAUUCGUCACCAAAUAACAUUCACACGGGCUGACAGAACUACCACCAUGUUCAGCCAGCAGAUCUGCGUCGGGGCUUACAGAAAGCUUGGCCCAUCGCAGAUGACACAAAUAACAUUCAAACGGGCUGACAGAACUACCACCAUGUUCAGCCAGCAGAUCUGCGUCGGGGCUUACAGAAAGCUUGGCCCAUCGCAGAGAAAAUUGAAUAACAAUGCUCGAUUAUACUGA